AAUAAUAUUUUUAAGGACGAGAGCCCAGACUUCACACUCAACUCUAGAAGAACGGGUGGUUCGGACGAAGGAUCUGAAGAAUCUGAGAUGGAGAAGAAUCCGGGGAACCCUUUCACCAUACACAAGAAUAAAUACAAACAAAACUGGCCUUAUGAUCAUUUUAUGGACGGUGACCAUAUGAAUAUAAAUCCUUUUGGACCACAAUUUCAAAGCUUAGGACCCAGUGGGCCGGAACUAUUCUUCGGAAGAAAGUGGUGGUACUUUAACCAGGAUGACUACAAGCCGAUGGGUUAACUUAACAAUUAUUCCAACCAAGAUUAUAGCUUACAAAUUAUGUAAAUAUAAUAUUAUUAUAAAA